UGAAUGAAGCAAUUCAGGGGGGUCCUGUAAGUGCAUUAAACUUCAAGGGCUUUAUAUUCCCACCGAUUUUAAUACAGAAGAAGAGCAAGCGACAGAUAUUCUCAACUCUAUAUAUGCUACUUUCUCUGCAAUUCUUUUACUAACCUUUCCAAUCCAAAUUUCGCUGCAAUUCUUAUAACACCUAAUCGAGGCGAAAUGUCCGGGAGAUGGAAGAGAAAGGAAGAGGAGUAUGAGUCUGACGGCAGCGGUGACUCCCACGCGCGACCCAAUAAAGUUUCCAAAGCGGACUCCGAUGACAUCGUCGUCUGUGAGAUAUCGAAGAACAGGAGAGUUUCAGUGAGGAACUGGCAAGGCAAAAUCUGGAUUGAUAUUCGUGAGUUCUUUGUCAAAGAUGGCAAAAAAUUGCCUGGCAAAAAAGGUAUAUUGUUAAGUGUGGAUCAGUGGAAUAUACUGCGUGAUCACGUGGAGGAUAUUGACAGAGCACUUGGUGAAUCUUAGGUAUGGUGAUACUUGUACGGAAUUGUUAGUUUGUUAAUGGUUGGGCUUUUCCUUCUUGAUAGUUAGGAACUGAAGUAGGUAGUAUUGUAGUACUUGGGAAAUGAUAACUGUUGUUUUGGUUUUGUGCCUUGGAGCCACCUGUAAUUCAUGUGAUACACAUAUUUUGGCGAUGUUGCUAGUUGGAUUUUUAACAGGGGUCUAUCAGUUGCUGGUCUUGAAGACAGUUUUAACCUUACAACUCUUAAAUUUCCCUGUUUCAA